AUGGUGCCUACCAUCUUGCUCAGUGCCCUCCUGCUCCAUUUCUCUGAUGUUGUGGCUUCAGAACCGCGAUACAUCCUGUGGGUUUCUUCCGUGGUACAGCGAUUUUCCUCAGAAAAAGCCUGUCUUCAUCUUUUAAACCUCAACGAAUCUGUGUCCUUGAGCGUCACCCUAGAAUAUGAUGGAUCCAGAACUACUAUUUUUGACCAGCGCGUGGACGAAGGGAACUUCUAUGCUUGUGCAGAUUUCAAAGUGUCUCAGAUGUCCUCAGAGCAGUUGGCCUUUGUGGCAUUACUUGUUCAGGGAAACACUCUUAAAAUCUCUGAGACAAGAUCUGUGGCCAUCGCUACUGAGGAGAACGCCACUUUUGUGCAGACAGACAUACCAGUCCAUAAACCUGGAGACACAGUUCACUUUCGCGUUGUGACACUGAACAUCUGGCUGAAGCCUGUCGAUGACUUGUAUCCCUUGAUCACCGUUCAGGAUCCUCAAAGCAAUGUGAUUUUUCAGUGGAUCAACGUGACCACUUUCAGAAACAUUACCCAGCUCUCCUUCCAACUGACGCCGGAACCAAUAUUGGGGGAUUACACAAUCAUCAUAAAAACACAAUCGGGAAUGACGGUGAUGGAUCAUUUCACCGUUAACCGAGAUGUAUUGCCCAAAUUUGAAGUCGAGCUCACUGCACCAGAGACAAUAACCAUUGCGGACAAUCAAUUUCAAAUGGUUACAUGUGCAAAGUACACACAUGGCCAGCCUGUACAGGGAAAAGCCCAGAUAAAAGUGUGCAGAGAGCUCUUCUCCCCGGGGCAUUGUGAGAGCAACGACAAUGAAAUCUGUGAGCAGUUCACUGUGCAGCUGAAAGAUGGCUGUGCUUCUCACAUUAUCAACACAAAAGUCUUCCAGUUGUACCGCUCUGGAUUGUUCAUGACCUUGAAUGUUAACGCAGUAGUUACGGAGUCUGGAACAGGUGUGCAGAUGAGUAAAACACACUCCGUUUUUAUCACUUCCGUGCUUGGCACUGUCAGCUUCGAGAACAUGGACUCUUUCUACAGGAGAGGGAUCACUUAUUUUGGAACUCUUAAAUUUUCUGGACCCAAUAACACACCACUUGUGGACAAGCUUUUGCAACUGGAACUCGACGGCAAACCUGUAGGAAAUUACACCACAGAUGAGAACGGGGAAGCUCAAUUUUCCAUUAACACUUCAGAGAUAUUCGGUGCACAGAUCAGCUUGAAGGCCGUCUACGUCCGACCUAGAAGCUGCCAUCGCUCCAGCUGGCUGUCCCCUGAGUAUUUGGAUGCUUACUUCUCGGCCUCGCGCUUUUACUCCCAGACCAGCAGCUUCGUGAAGAUCAUUCUCGAGCCCAAGCAGCUCCCGUGCGAUCAAGAGAAGAUGCUCUCAGUGCUUUACUCCCUAAACCCCGAGGCCUACAAGGAGGCCUCAGAUGUGACCUUCUUCUAUUUGGUGAUGGUGAGAGGAGGUAUCUCCCGCAGCGGACAGAAGCAAGUCAGAGUUCAAGCCUGGAAUGGGAACUUCUCUUUCCCAAUCAGCAUCAAUGCUGAUCUGGCGCCAUCGGCUGACCUGUUCGUCUACACCCUCCACCCUAGCGGGGAAAUUGUUGCGGAUAAUGUCAGGCUCCAGAUCGAGAAGUGCUUUAAAAACAAGGUUAGCUUAAACUUCUCCCGGGAGAAGGACCUACCCGGCUCUAACACCAGUGUUCAUCUUCAAGCAGCCCCUGACUCCUUCUGUGCCCUGCGAGCAGUGGACAAAAGCGCCCUUCUUCUGAACCCCGGACAAGAAAUGACACCUGAGAGCGUGUACUUCACGCUCCCGUAUAUCUAUCAAUAUGGCUAUUUCUACAAUGGUCUCAACUUGGAUGAUCAGCAAGCAGAGCCAUGCAUUCCUCAGAAGAACUUGUUCCACAAUGGACUGUAUUAUACACCUACAAGCAAUAUUUGGGAUGGAGACCUCUCUAAUCUUCUCAGUAACAUGGGUCUGAAAAUCUUUACAAAUCUCCGUUACCGGAAACCGGAAGUGUGUUCAUCCCAGGAAAACCAGCCCUCGCUGAGGACAUUCGAUCACCCAAAUGAACGGAUAAUGAUGUACGGUGGUGGCGCCCCACCUUCUUCUGCCUGUGGUUCCUCAGGCUCAGCAAAUGUCUCGUUCCUGGUCCCCGAUACCAUCACCCAGUGGGAGGCCAGCGCCUUCUGUGUCAAUGGCAAUGCUGGGUUUGGCAUUUCACCCAAAGUCUCCCUACAGAUCUCCCAGCCCUUCUUUGUGGAAGUUACCUCACCCUUUUCCGUUAUUCGAAGUGAAGAGAGUGACAUGGUUGUCACUGUCUUCAACUACCUGACUACAUGUGUAGAGAUUUCUGUUCAGUUAGAAGCAUCUGAGAAUUAUGAAGCAAGCAUCAACACCCAGAGUAACACUGACAGUGAAGUCCUCCAGGCUGGAGAACAGAAAACAUAUGUCUGGACCAUUAUUCCAAAGACACUGGGUAAAGUAAAUGUCACUGUAGUGGCUACAUCCAAACAGAGCAGUGCUUGCCCAGAUGACGCCAGUAAGGAGCAAGAUGUCCACUGGAAAGACACUGUAGUCAAAACCAUGCUGGUAGAGGCUGAAGGUAUUGAAAAAGAAGCAACCCAAAGUUUCCUCAUCUGCCCAAAAGGUACCAAAGCCUCAAAGCAAACACUUCUGGAAUUGCCAAGCAAUGUAGUAGAAGGCUCGGUCAGAUCCUUUGUCACCAUUGUGGGGGACAUUCUGGGAGUCGCAAUGCAGAAUCUGGAGAGCCAUCUCUACACGCCCUAUGGGUGUGGUGAACAGAAUAUUGCCCAGCUAGCAUCUAAUGUUUACAUACUUGACUACCUGAAAGCUACCAACCAGCUGACAGAAGAAGUCAAAUCUAAGGCUCAGCAUCUCUUAUCCAAUGGUUACCAGAAUCACUUGUCUUUCAAAAACUAUGAUGGGUCCUACGACGUGUUCUGCCAGAGCAACCAGGAAGGGAGCACAUGGCUCAGUGCCCUUUCUUUCAAGACAAUUGAGAAAAUGAAGGAAUAUAUUUUCAUCGAAGAGACAGUCCCCAAACAGACGUUAAUCUGGCUUGUAAAGAAACAGAAAUCAAAUGGAUGCUUUAGAAGGGACGAGAAGCAUGUCAACACAGCUCAGGAGGGCAGUGAGGGUGACCAGGAAGAUAUUGCGCUCACUGCAUAUGUCGUCGGGGUGUUCCUUGAAGUUGGACUCAAUGCCAGCUUUCCUGCCCUCCGCAAUGGUCUCUAUUGCCUGGAAGAGGCAUUUUCGAAUGGUGUCACCGAUGGCUACACGAAAGCUAUUCUGGCUUAUGUAUUUGCAUUAGCUGGGAAAGAACAGCAAGCGAAAUCCUUACUCUCAACCCUGGACAAAUCUGCUACAAAAACAAAUAAUAUGAUAUACUGGGAGAGAGAUGAGAAACCCGAGACAGACAACUCUCCGUCAUUCAUUCCUUCGGCACUUUCUGGUGAGACAGAGAAGACGUGCUACGUGCUGCUGGCUGUCCUUUCCCAGGACACUCAGGACCUUGAUUAUGCCAGCAAGAUUGUGCAGUGUCUUGCCCAGCGGAUGAACUCCCAUGGAGGCUUCUCUGCCAUGCAGGACACCACAGUGUGCCUUCUCGCUCUAACCCAAUACAUGAAGUUAACCGGCUCUAACCCUCAAAAUACCGUCACCCUGAGCUCAGAGGAGUCUGAGGAGGUUUUCUAUGUUAACAGAAAUAAUCGUCUUCUGGUCCAGCACUCAAAAGUAUCCAAAGGCCACCAACAAUACACAGUGGAUGUAGAAGGAGAUGGAUGCUCAUUUAUCCAGGCCACCCUCAGGUACAACGUGCCACUUCCUAAGGAGGCUUCAGGAUUUUCCCUUUCCGUGAAAACUGGAAAGAGCAACUCUUCAGAUGAAUUCCAGAGCAAGUUUGACCUCACGGUGACCUUCACGUACACUGGAGCUCGUGAAAGCUCGGGUACAGUCCUUGUGGAUGUGAAGAUGCUCUCUGGCUUUACUCCUGUUGUCUCAUCCACCGAGGAGCUUAAAUUCAAUAGUCAAGUAACGAAGACGGACAUAAAGAAUGGCCACGUUCUAUUCUACUUGAAAAAUGUUCCCAAGGAAGCAACCAGCCUCACCUUCUCUAUUGAACAAACUAACCGUGUGGCCAAUAUCCAGCCAGCCCCAGUCACAGUCCACAGCUAUGAAAAAGAUGAAUAUGCUUUUGAUUCUUACAACAUCAAUAGCAUUUCGGAUUCCCAAUAAGACAAAGAAGCGCACAGAAAAAAAAGAGAAAAAAAAGUAUGAGACUAUUUCUUUGAAUAAAC